AUGCCAUUUGGGGAGAUGACCAUCACACUGGAUGAUGUUAGUUCUUUGCUACACAUUCCUGUGAAGGGAAAAUUCUUCACUCUCCCAGUCCUGACUCGUGAGGAUGCAGCCAGUGCAUUGCAUAAACAACUUGGUGUUACACAAGUCGAUGCUGAAGAGGAGAUCUGGAAGUCCUUAGGACCUUAUGCUCGUUAUACAUGGUUGUUGAAGGUGGCUGAGGACAUGGCUAAGGAAGGGAAGACCAAGAAAGCUGCUAGAGCCUUCUUGCUGCGUUUGGUAGGGAUGAUGAUCUUCUAUGGGAAGACAAACAACAAGGUGAAUGUUGCAUAUUUGGGGAUGUUCAUGGACUUGGAAAAGGUUGGGGAGUAUGCAUGGGGCGCCAUGGCAUUGGCUUUCCUUUAUGACCAGCUGAAGGACGCCACCAAGGUCUGCACCACUAGUCUUGGAGGAUACUUAAAUCUGUUUCAGGCAUGGAUAUUUGAGCACUUCCCUGCUUCAUUGUUUGAUAGAAACCUAAACAGGAAAUACAGUGAGAAAGAGCCGCAAGCAUGCAAAUGGGUCACCAAGAGGGGGACUGUGGACCUGCAUGCGAAGAGGCUAAUCCUAGAUAACCUUAGGGAUAACAAUGUUAUAUGGACUCCAUAUGACGGGUAUAGAGUGGAUUGGCCAUUUCAGCAGGAGUGUCUUUACAGUGGGUGGAUUCGGCAUUCAGGCAUCAUCUGGCCAUAUCUGCCAGAGCGUGUGUUGAGGCAGUUCCAUAUGCUCCAGGAUCAACCCAAUUUACCACCGGCAAACAUUCCCCCUAUUGAGGAUAUUGAUGAGAGGUUUGAGAAUAUGGCUCAUUGCGUGGCUGCACAGCAUACUGACACUUCAACGACAACGCCUUGCUACUUUGAGUGGUACAAGUCAAUCUCACACCGCUUUGUGGUCCCUCCUGAAACAAGAGGUCCUGUGGCAGUAACUCUUGUGGAUGUUCUCGAACAAUUACAAGAGUUGAGUGAUAUCACAAUUGACCCCAGUGAGACCCCUCAGCGGAUCCUCGAGGCAAACCAGCGUAUGCGGGAUAUUAUAGAAGUUCUGAAUUAA